GCCUCUCCCCAACCAAUCUCCCAUUUUUCAAUUAUCAAAUUUCACAGAAAAUCUUACUAUUUCAGCUCAGAGCAUACAACCAAUGGUAAUCAAAAUUACCCAUUUUGUCUAAAGCUGCAAAUUUUCACUUCCCCUAUUUUUCUCUGUUUUCCCCUGUUUCUGUAAUUUUCCGGCGAGAUGAACCUACCAACGGGACACCCAUCGCCGCCGAUGUCGGCGAGGAGAGAGAAUCAGAUCAAGAUCCAAGGACCAAGGCCCAGUCCGCUGAAAAUCAAUAAAGAUUCUCACAAGAUUAGAAAACCUCCGGUUGCGCCCAAACCCCCUGUUCCAGCCCCUGUACCGGCUACCGGGAACCAACCAGUCAUUAUUUACUCAGUUUCCCCAAAACCCAUAUUCGUAGAAGCGUCGAAUUUUCGGUCAAUCGUACAACAUCUUACCGGAAGAGAGUCAACGGCUUCAGAAUCAAGCGUUUCUGGGGAAGUGCCGGUAUCUCCGGCGGCGAGAUUUGCUUCGAUAGAGAGAACGAGUCCAAGCGAGAGGGAUAGAAGAGAGAGAAGAGGAGAUGAUGUUAGCGAGAUGAUGACGAUGAUGAUGAUGGGAGGAGGAGGUGAAGGUGGAGGAGAGAGAAAUGAUGGGUUUGAUGUUUUAGAUAUGAGUCAAUUUCCGGGGAUAUUAUCACCGGCGCCGGCGAAUUUGCCAGGUAUAUCGGCGGGAAUGUUUUCUCCGGUGGCGGAGGGGUUUGGAUUUGGGAUGAAUGAAUUGUUAAUGAGUCCAUUUAUGAGUAAUAUAAGCUUCUUGCCAAGUCCAUCAUCUCUGUUUUUCUCUAAUGCUCCCAUUGUUUCUCCCUCUCCUUCUUCCUUUGGUGAGCUAUUCAACUUUGACUCUUGACUUUUGUUUCCUCCCCUUUUUAGUGUAAAACUAUUUAGGUUGUUGUUUGAGUGGUGUACAUUAAUUAAUGUAGACUUAAUAUAAAAUAUUUCGUAUAUCUUAUUGUUCUUGUUUUACAUCUAAGAAGUCAAGAGAUAAACAAGAAUUAUCGUAAA